GACUCUUCUGGCUCUGGUCGAGGCACACCCCGUGGAUGUGGUGGUGACUCUGCUGCGCUCUGCCCCAUGCUGUGACAGAGCUGCUGUGAGCAUGUGGAGAGCAAUCAUCUCCUUGAGAACUACUGCAGAGUCGGUGCUGACGAUCCUUGCCCUCGUCCUGGGAAGCUGGCCAGCCUGCAGCAUGCGCACCUCUGAUGGGGAUGAAACGGAAGUCUUUGCCCUGGCUGCAACCGUGGCACUCUGGAAGAUCCUCCAUCUGCUCUGCUGCACACGGGCAGUGAGGGAGUGUUUCCCCAACCUCUUUGUGCAUCUGCUCUUCCAAGUGUUCUUCAGCACAGUGCAGAUGCCGGAGGAGGUUGACACCCUGUGGAGGGAGUGCCGGAAGCAAGGCAGCCUUCCCACCAAGCCCAACAGGUUUGCAGUGCUGACCCUCAAAGCCCUGCUGCACCGUCUGCGCUGCGAGAGCGUGGUGGUGGCACUGGAGCGCAAGUGUGGCUGGGACACGCUCCUCAACGCCGACACCCACCACUACGCAGUGGGUCUGCUGGCCAGGGAGAUGGGCUCUGUCUGCACCCCCUGGUGUUGCAGCAUUGUGUGCUGCCUCCUGGAGCUGCUCAGCGAGGAGAUGUGUCCCUGGGAGCUCCCUGCCAUGGCGUUCCUUGUGGAGGCCCUGGUCUACCUGGACGUGAGGGAGUGCGGCGAAAGCGUCCUGCAGAUCCUUUCAAGGCACCUGUGGAGCGAGUGCCCAGAGAUGCGCCGCCAAGUGCUGAGGGGCCUGGUGGUGCUCAGCCAGGAUGCCGUGACGGCCAAAAGAAUGGGCAGCCUGACUGAAAGCCUCGUGCAGCUCCUGUGGGACGCAGAUGGAGAGCUGGUCCGGAGGACUGUCAGCGUCCUCGGCUUUCUGUUCUCCGAUAAAGACAUCCAGCUCUCCAGCCCCACCGCCCUGCAGCUGGCUGAGGCGCUGCAGCCGCUCUUCGACAACGCUGACAGCAGUGUGCAGCUGUCCUCCAUCCUCCUCUUCCGUGGGGUGAUGGUGACAGGGGAGAAAGAGGGAAAAAAGGCCCUGAAGCCACACGUGCGCCAGAGCCUGCUUCCACUCUUCUUCCACUGCCACGAUGAGAACCAGAGAGUGGCAGAGGCCUCUGGGGAAGCGCUGCUUUGUGUGGCCGGCUUCCUGAAGAGAAAGGACCUGAAGAAGGUAGUGAAGAGGAAGGAGCUGUGGAAGUUCAGCAAGUGCCUGCUGGAAAAGGAGCGGAGUCGAGUGGCCGAGUACCUGCGCCAGGCUUUGCCAUACCUGGAGAGCCCACAGGAGCCCCUGCGAGAGGCGGCCCUCAGGUUCAUGGGGAUGGCCGGGAGGUACGUGCGGGGACAGCCUGAAGAGCUGCAGGACAUCAUCGAGACUCUUCAGGGUCUGAGGAACGACACCAGCCCCGCCAUCUCAAGCCUGGCGCUUCAGAGCUGCAAAGUGCUCGAAGCUGCUCAGAGAGCUGCAUCCCCCCAGCCGCAGCAGCCGCCAGACUGGCUGUGCGGGGUCUGCAAGAGCUGUCCUGCUCUGCGGGGCAGUUUGUGGCUGUGCUGCCUGAGCUCUGGGGAGGCUUGAUGUGGGAAGCGGUGUCUGCUGGGGCCACGUGAGCCUGCGAGGAAGACCCCCGCUGUGGAAGCACUUCCCUCUAGUCCAGCACAGGAAUAUAAAAUUCCUCUUGCCACACA